GCUGUCGAGUGUCCAUCCUUUGAGCCGUGUCGUGAGCUGGUGGUGGUAGUCGUCGUUACUGCCAUUCGGGGGUUGCUGUUUUGGGAGUUUAAGCCACAACCAGUUUGAGUAAGAAGGCAUCGCGAACGCGGCCGUUGGAAGCAAUGAAACACGCUACCAAGCAAAUAUAUUAACAUUGACCCAAAUUCAUUCGCCCAGACAAAACUGCGCGAACGAGUUGAAGUUUUUCUGCGCGCUUGUUUGGUCAGUGUCGUCUCUUAUCGUUGUUGGAACGGUGUGCUGUUUUGAGAAGUGCGGGUUUUUGAGUGGCGGCUUUGUGUUUCGUUGUACUGGUUUUGGGUGAUAAUUGCGGUAAGCUCCUCAUCGUCAAAAUGCGUCUGAUUAUCCUCGACACGGCCGAGUACGUUGGCGAAUGGUCGGCCAAGUACGUGAUGAAGCGCAUCAACGACUUCAAGCCCGGUCCGGAACGGUACUUCACGCUCGGACUUCCGACCGGAUCGACCCCGCUCGGCAUGUACCGGAACCUGAUCAAGUUUCACCAGCAGGGACGCAUCUCGUUCAAGUACGUGAAGACGUUCAACAUGGACGAGUACGUGGAUUUGCCGCGCGAGCACCCGGAAAGCUAUCACUACUUUAUGUGGCACAACUUCUUCAAGCACAUCGACAUUGAUCCGGAAAAUGUGCACAUACUGGACGGGAAUGCGCCCGAUUUGGUGGCCGAAUGUAAUGCGUUCGAGGAAAAGAUUAAGGCAGCGGGUGGUAUCGAGCUGUUUAUCGGUGGUAUCGGUCCCGAUGGGCAUAUUGCGUUCAAUGAGCCAGGUUCAUCGUUGGCAUCCCGAACGAGGGUUAAAACGUUGGCGCAGGAUACGCUGGAGGCGAAUGCACGCUUCUUCGGGAACGAUAUCAGCAAGGUACCGAAGCAGGCGCUGACGGUCGGUGUGGCGACGGUGAUGGAUGCACGGGAGGUGAUGAUCAUGAUUCUUGGAUCGCACAAGGCGUUCGCGCUGUACAAGGCGAUCGAGGAGGGCGUGAACCAUAUGUGGACGGUCAGUGCGUUCCAGCAGCAUCCGCACACGAUCAUGAUCUGUGACGAGGACGCGACGCUGGAGCUGCGUGUGAAAACUGUGAAGUAUUUCAAGGCUCUAAGCAAUGUGCACCACAAGUUGAUCGAAGAGGACUCGGCCGACGUACGAAAGCUCAAAUGAAGGGGGGAGAAUCCUGCGUUGCGCGCUAAAAAAAACCCCAUGAUGUCGAAUUAAGCAUGAUCUACAGUAUUCUUUUUUUUCUUCCUAUGGUUGGAGUGGUCGAAAGUGUGAAAUAUAUUCGAAUACACUUUUCAUUGGCAAGCAAA